AUGGCGGGGAAGACUUCAGCUCCAGGAUCACCGACUCCACUGCCUCCCGCCAAGAAACGCAAGAGCUCGACGGCCCCGUUGGUUCCUCUCGUUGUUCAGCAACAUGUCGCAGCUGAAGACGCUGUCGAUGCGUUCAAACUCGUGGCGCAGACGGAUUUGCACAGCGCCACGAAAGCCCGACUGCUCUUUACGUGGCUAUUGUACCCCGUGACGCCUGAAGAGUUCUACGAAAAGUACUGGGAGCAACGGCCUCUGGUUGUCAAACGCAAUGCUCCUAGCUAUUACGACGGCUGGUUCAGCAGACAGGAGAUCGACCGCAUUCUCCAGACACACACGCUGGAAUAUGGUACCGAUCUCGACCUUACCAAGUACGUGGACGACACCCGUCAUACGCUCAAUCCCUCGAGCUCAGCGACGGUCAAGGAAGUGUGGAAACACUUUGAUGACGGCUGUUCCGUGCGGCUUUUGUGUCCGCAGAAGUUCUCGGACCAUGUGUGGAAACUGUUGGCGACACUCGAAGACGAAUGGGACUGCAUGGCCGGCGCGAACGCGUACUUGACGCCGAAAAACACCCAAGGGUUUGCUCCUCAUUUUGAUGACAUUGAAGCGUUCUUGAUGCAGACUGAAGGAUCCAAGCACUGGAAGGUGUACCAACCGCUGCAUGCUGGUGAGAUGCUGACACGGCACUCGAGUGGAAACUUUAAAGCAGAAGAACUCGGCAAACCAGUGCUCGAAGUGGAUGUGGAACAAGGCGAUUUGCUCUAUUUUCCACGAGGCUUCAUUCAUCAAGCACGUGCGCAUGAGGAAAAGCAUUCGCUGCAUCUGACCGUGUCAACGGGUCAGCAGAAUUCCAUGGGCAAUUUCCUAGAAGUGCUGUUGCCCCAUGCUCUAGGAGCUGCCAUCGACACGAACGUCGAUUUGCGCCGCUCGUUGCCGCGGGACUAUUUGACCUAUAUGGGUGUCAUGCACUCGGACCGCGACGAUGAUGCAAAACGUCUGGCGUUUGCAACCCAGCUCAAAAAUGCGCUGAAAGUCGUGCUUGGCGAGGCCAUGGGUAUGCUCGACGCGGCUGCUGACCAGAUGGCCAAGAAUUUUCUCAUGGAUCGAUUACCACCGGCUCUUGAAGACGACGAAGAGAACUGCACGAGCGACAAUAGUCCGCUGCAAAAGAUCACCGUCAACACCCAGCUCAAGCUCCUUCGUCACGGCAUUGCGCGUCUCGUGAUUGAAGACGGCAAAGCUGUGGUCUACCACUGCCGCGAAAACUCGCGGCUGCACCACGAAGUGGCGAUUUCGCCCCUCGAGUUCGAACUCGAUGACGCCGACAGCAUCGAGUUCAUUCUCAACAGCUAUCCUGACUAUUUCCGUGUCGGCGAUCUGCCUCAUGAAGACCCCCAAGACCAACGCGACCUUGCCACCGCGCUAUACAAAGAAGGCAUCCUCCUCUUCCAAAAAGCCUAA